ACACCAUAGACCGGCAGAGUCGUCUCAGACACCACGCUGUACGGUCGCGUAUGCUCGCUCAAGGCGCGCCGCUCGCGGAAUCGUGUUGCAACUUCGACAAUUCGAUUUUCAAAUAGUGUUUGCAGAAUUAUUUUAUUUUUUGAACAUUGAUGCGUCUAGCGGUCACGAUGAGGAACUAUUUAAGAGUUGCCAUCCUGCUAAUGACCAUCGCAGCUACUUACACCGCUCCAGCCACCUCCUCCAGCCAUGACAACAAUCUUACCGCCGACAAAGAACCGACAACACACGAGCUUCUCAGCUCCUUAGGUCUUAAAAAGCUGAGGAUACCGGCCGCACACCACAGGAAAAGGCUCGCUGAACAAGGAAGAAGACACGCCAGCGGCGACUCGAGAAUGUUCGUCAUCAAACUACCACCAAACACGAGUUACUACACCCACGCUGAACCAGCACCAGCUGCAGCCAGAACACUUCCCCUCCAGAUGACUAGCAACGGGAAACCAGCGCGGGUUUACCACUGGAACAUUCCAGUACUACACAAAAUAGCCAAGAACCGUCCCCAAGCAAGAUUCGAUGAUGACAUAGUCGACGUAGAAAGUACACCGACUUGGCCCAAAGGUGUCAAUGAUCACCUCAAUUCGUUGAAUUCUUUAGCUUACUACGUACCAACUAAGAAGACCUCGUUCAGAAAAUAUUUCUCGGGCAAUGGAAAACCCAAGUCUUUCUACAUAAUCGAGAAGAACAAGAAGUCCGCGGAAUACCACAGACUCCUCCCGUAAUUUUAAGUAAAACAAAAGUCGCGUCCAUGAAAUUUUGUAAAUUAUCGUAGGAUUAACAAAUUAAGGCAUCGUUGGACGUGCCAACGAAAAAAAUAUGUGUUUAAGAAAUAUCCAAUGAACAAUCAUUCGUCCAUAAUUAACGGCCAGAUUUAUACAAUGUUAGUUUUAUACAUAACUUUACAAAUGACUACCAGAUCUUCAAAAUCAAAAAAGAAACUUUCUAUAAUUAUUAAUCACUAUUAAUCAGUUUUAUGAGCUUUAUCAAUAAAAUCUUAAAAAUAUCAGUAACAUUUGUAAAUGCGAAUAUUAGACUCCACGAGUCCGUCAUUAGACAGUUCCUCUAUUGUUAAACUCAGUAAUUCGCUUAAUUUAAAUUAUUACAUUUAGUUUAAAACAAAUAGGUGAGUAAAUGAAUUCUGUUUAUUUAAACUAAAAUACAUAAAACGGAAAACUUUACAAGAAAGUAUACUUUUUUGACUGCAAUGUAUUUAAGGUAUUAAUAGUUUUAUUAUAAAUUGCAUUUUUAUGAAUUAUUUAAACAAUAAGUAUUUUAAAAUACUUAUAUGUGGAAAAUAAAAAAAUAAUUUGAUAUAUUCACUCAAUUAAAAACAAAGCUAGACGUGGGCUAAAGUUAUAUCAAUAAAAAUAAGGGGGCGUC